GUUUUGGAUUGUGAAAAUUCUUUUGUAUCUUGGCUUGAUCACAGCUGCAUUCUUUAUUCCAAAAGGCAAAUUUGUCCAAGCUUGGAUGUACAUUGGACUUUUUGGUGGAUUCAUUUUCAUUCUCAUCCAGCUCAUACUACUGAUUGAUUUUGCUUAUAAAUGGAAUCAAUCAUGGAUGGAGAAAUGGGAAGUAAAUGGCCAAAAAAAAUAUGUCUAUGGUCUUGCCAUUGCAACUGGAGCUAUGUACCUGAUUUCACUGAUUGGAUACAUACUUCUGUUUGUAUUUUAUACCAAGACAUCUGGUUGUGGUCUGAACAAAUUUUUUGUCAGUUUCAAUUUGUGCCUAUCAUUACUGGUUUCUGUUGUUGCUAUCUUACCAAAAGUGCAAGAAGGUCAACCAAACUCAGGGUUGCUUCAAGCUUCAAUAAUCACUUUGUAUACAACAUACCUGACUUGGUCUUCAAUCUCAAACAAUCCAGACGAGGAAUGCAAUACAGGCAUAUCGUCUGGAUUCCAAAGUCACUCCGUUUUUGCCGCACUCCUUAUGUUUGUGAUGGUCGUGUAUUCCUGUCUGAGAACAAGCAGUUCAUCCCGUCUUGGUGAAAUAGGAAUGACAAGAAAUACGGAAAUGGAGGAAGUUCUUUUACCAGAUUAUGGCGAAGAAGAAAAUGCGGACAGAAACGAAGAUCCUGAAAAAGGCGAACAAAAAUAUCAAAAUGUUCAUGACGACGAAGCACUUGGUGUUACAUACAACUAUUCAUUCUUUCAUUUUACAUUUCUACUAGCAUCUCUAUAUAUCAUGAUGGUGUUGACAAAUUGGUACAGCCCUCAACAUGCCGAUAUUACAACUCUGAACAGUAACAUGGCUUCAGUGUGGGUAAAAAUGGCAUCAAGUUGGUGUUGCUUGGGCCUGUAUUUAUGGUCGAUGGUUGCACCCAUUGUCAUGCCUGGAAGAGAUUUCUCCUGAGAUGCAAAAGAAAACUAACUACUUUUUGCUUCAUUGGCACAAAAAAACUAUAUACAACAGGUCGACACUGUAUUUGUAACGAAAAACUUAAAAUUAUUAAGUGGAAACCUUCCGCAUGCCAAGCACAGCAAGGCUUCAUUUUAACGUUCACUGUCAUGUAUCAACAUUAUAUGAAAUAAUAAAAAAUACUAUGCAAGAAUGUACCUUUACAAUAUAGCUGGAGUGUAUUGGACCGUUGACAAAAGAAAUAAACGUACAUAGCCUUAA